AUGGCCGAUCAAGUCAAGUACACUCAGAAGCUUAAGGACGCCAAAGUCUUGGUGAUCGGAGGUUCAUCGGGCAUUGGAUACGCGGUAGCAGAAGCCCUCAUUGAGAACGGCUGCCAUGUCACCAUCUCUGCCUCCAACCCCAAGAAGGCCGAAUCCACGGUCGACAGGCUGACCAAGUCUUACCCAUCGGCCAAAUCACGCAUUGCUGGUCAGUCUUGCAACUUGGGUGACGAAGCAACCCUCGAAUCCAACAUCACCUCUCUCCUCGAGAAGGUUGGCAAGGUCGACCACAUCGUCCACACGGCCGGCGAUGCUCUCGCUUCUAUGGAGCUGGCGAACGUUGACAUGGAGAAGAUCAAGCAGGCCGGCAUGGUGCGGUUCUUCUCGCCGCUGAUGCUCGCCAAGCACGCUCCCAAGUACCUUUCUGGUGGCCCGAACAGCAGCAUCACGCUUACCACUGGCGCCGUCUCUGAGAGGCCGAUCCCGAACUGGAGCGUCAUCGGCUCUUAUGCCACCGGUCUACAGGGCAUGACGAGGCAGCUGGCGCUGGAUCUGAAGCCGAUCCGCGUCAACCUCGUCUCGCCCGGUGCCGUCAACACAGAGUUGUGGCUGAACUCGGGCUUCUCGGACGACCAGAAGGAAGCUUUCCUCAAGAGCCAUGGGGAGAAGAUGCCGACUGGGAAGGUGCCCGGGCCGGAGGAUAUUGCUGAGAGUUAUUUGUAUGUGUUGAAGGAUAGGAAUAUCACGGGCGCAAUGAUUAGUACUUCAGGAGGGUCAUUGCUUGUCUAG